CAGGGGCGGGAUGGUAUAAAACCCUCAGAGGACUUUUUGAGGUUUUAGUUGAAGACACUCCUGGGGUGAAGAACAGCAGAGCUAGAAUGAUUCUGAUCAUUAAAUACACGGGAGCAGCUGUCCUUUUGCUGUCAGUUCUAAUUCAGAUCGGACAGCUUUAUCCACACAACGACAUGUACUUUGGCUGUGAGGAUUGCAAACUGAGGGAGAACACCGUCUUCUCCAGACCUGGCGCCCCUGUGUAUCAGUGCAUGGGAUGCUGCUUUUCCAGGGCUUAUCCGACUCCACUCCGCUCCAAACAGACAAUGCUGGUCCCCAAGAACAUCACAUCGGAGGCCACAUGCUGUGUUGCCAAAGAAAUCCAAAGGGUUUUUGUCAACAACAUAAAACCACAUGUACUGAACCACACAGACUGCCACUGCAGCACUUGCUAUUACCAUAAAUCCUAGAUAUCAGACCCUCAAUUCCUCAAUUACCUCCAGACAAGGAUACUGAUGCUUGCUUGGCUACUACUGUGAAGACGUCACUUGACUUUAAAGAAGUUAUACUGCUGACAGUGUGCAAGCUUUGUAUUGUGAGCUUUAUAAGGUUUUCAUAUGUUAAAAAUAUAAAAUGGUUACACUCAUCUUUUAAUAUAACUAGAACAAGAUCUGUAGUUAGCAAAGCCUGCUAAAAUAUGGUACUUUUCCAGUGCAAUCUCAAUUCUAAUAUUUCCAAAUUAAUUUUCAGAAUAAAGCCUCAGUUGCAACCCAGCUGUAGUUUGUUUAAUGCUUUAUUUCUUCCCACAUUUCCACUGUUUGUCACUAAGUU